AUGGAUUCUGAAGAUUUAGAGGAGGAUCAAAAUCCUGCAGAAUCUGAAGAUGAUCCAAAAAUGAACCUCGAAGAACUUGAAGAGGAUCCAGAAAUGGAUCUUGAAGAUUUUGAGGGGGAUCCAGAGAUGGAUCUCGAGGAGGAUCCGGAGAUGGAUCCCGAGGAGCAUCUAGAGUCCGCGGAAGAAGAAAAAAAAAGCCGCGUCGCAUCAAAAAAAGCACCGCUCGCGAGCGAGCUCCUCUCCGCGAGCCCUAGCCACCUUCCUCUCCGCGAGCCACCGCCCUCUCCACGAGCGAGCUCCUCUUCGCGACCAGCCACCUUCCUCGCCGCGAGCCACCGCACCUUCCUCGCCGCGAAACCUCCUCCGACGCUGGACUUCACGCCGGAGAACCACGAUCGCUGUUUAUCUCUUAGAGGUCUAAUGGACAAUGGGAAACAAGUGAAAAACGAUAACUAUGCUGCUGAUAUUGCUUCCAUAAGGGAGGCGAGAGUCCGUAUUGCUCCAUAUAUUCAUGAAACUCCAGUGCUUACCUCGAAGUCUUUAGAUUCUAUAGCUUCCAAAUGGUUGUAUUUCAAGUGUGAAUGCUUUCAAAAAGGAGGAGCCUUUAAGAUUAGGGGAGCUUCAAAUGCUAUAUUCUCCCUUUCUGAUGAUCAAGCUGCCAAAGGCGUUUUGACACACAGCAGUGGUAACCAUGCUGCAGCAGUGGCUUUGGCUGCAAAGCUCCGUGGAAUCCCAGCAUAUGUUGUCAUACCGAAAAAUGCUCCAAAAUGCAAGGUUGAGAAUGUCAGGCGGUAUGGUGGUCAAAUCUUCUGGAGUGAAUCAACGAUCCAAUCAAGAGAGAGUAUUACUGAGAAAGUUCAGCAAGAUACUGGUGCAAUUUUGGUUCAUCCUUUCAACAAUAGAUUCACCAUCAGGUUUUGUAUUUGUCAUUGACCACUUGAUCUAAUCUCCAUUGUAACUUUGGU